AUGGCCCGCAUUGCGCCGCUCGUGCUGGUGGCGCUGCUCUCCGUGCUGGCCGCGCCGUCGUCGGGGUGCCCCAGCUGCCCUACCCCGGCGACGCCUCCCCCGCCGCCGCCGCCGAAGGUGACUCCCCCGCCGUCGUCCGUGUCGUGCCCUCCGCCGCCGUACUCCCCCGAGCCGACGCCCCCGACGCCAGCCACGCCGACGCCGUCGUCGCCGACGGGCAAGUGCCCCGUGGACGUGCUGAAGCUGGUGGCGUGCGUGGACGCGCUCAACUGGGUGGUGCAUGCGGUGGUGGGCGCCAACGCCAGCGAGACCUGCUGCCCGCUGCUGUCCGGCGUGGCCGACCUCGACGCCGCGUUGAUCCGAUCCGGAUGCUGCGCGAGUGGUUUGCGGGUUGAAUAGGCAAAACUGCAGGGG